AUGGCCAAAGUGGAAGGGCUGUUCUUCGAGGACAGCAGCGAUGAUGAGGUCAAGGUGAUAGAGAGCGCUGAUGUCUCUCUGCGAGGGGCGCCGACUUCGAACGAGCGCUGGACUCCUCCCUCGAAUGGAUCCGCAUCGAAGAGGAGGAAGCUGGAUAGCAGUUCUGACACGAAGGGAAGGACGCCCCGAGGCUCGGCGUCGCCGGCAUCGGCCAUCACACCCACUAGAUCACCGGUGUUCAAGCGCCGCUUCAUCGGCACUUUCAUCGUGCCUGCUUGGUCGCUUUCCAAAGGCACCAGUUACAUUCAGCAGGGAGACCGAAUCCUGGUGACGAGGCAGAAGCCAAAGUCGUUCGCGGACGCGGCGACAUCUAAUGGCAAGAAAACAUCGGGGAAAGCCCAGCCAAAGCAGGCAAAGCUCAUGUUCGGUAGCAGCAAGACCCAAUCGCCGAUGACCAAAAAGCCGAAAGAAAAGGAGGACGUCAUUGUUCGAUUCACAAACCUUAGAGGUGAGCUUGGACUUUGCGGCUCGCAGGCUCGAAGAUCCGGUUGGCCCGUCUGACCCAAAAAUGUCAUUCUCGCGGAUGUAGGCUUUGAGGUUGGACGCAUACAUACGGAUGUCAGCGCUUGGAUGUCGAAGCUGCUCGACAGGGACAUCGCAUACUUUGACGGGAGUGUUGUGGACUGUCCCUCAUCUUUGACUGUGGGAUGUGACAUCCUGCUAGAAAUCAACGUGAGCUCCGUGCCGAUGUAGACCAAGUACCAGAGCUCACAUGAGCUGCUACCGCUCUACCUUCCUCCUCACUUUGCCAGGCCUACUUGUGCAAAGAAGCUUUCCCUUUUGCCGAACGAGCCCGCUCAUCCAACUUUGGGCGGGAUGCGGACGAUCAGACGUUCAACCCUUGGGGCGCAGAGACUGCAGAAACGGCCAAUGAGAAAUCACUUAGAGAGCGUAAAGGAGCUUUGCUGCGGCUUUUCCGAGCAUGCACACUGAAGCCCAGCAUGACGAACGAACUUUUGAAAACGCAUCAGGCAACAUCCGAGGAGCUGGACGCUACUGACGCCAUCGAGCAGUACGGCGGUGCUGCCAGUAUUUCUAGUUGUUCCGCACCGAGAGAUGCCGAUGGCGCACAGAGGCCAAAGAACCGCGAAGAGAAGAGCGGGUCUCAAGAGCAUCCGAUCGUGCUUUCCGAUGACAUCAAGAAAGACUCGGUCAAGGCUUCGAGCGCGAUCGACGUCGAGGAUCCUUCCAAAGAGGAGCACGAGGUGAACGAUGGCACUGAACUAGCCGAGGACCAGCUAAAGGCAGUCUACGCUCAAGCUCAGAAGGGGGAUCAGGCCUUGCCAGAGGUGGAACCUUCUGCAGACUUUGCUUUGUCUUUGAGACCCUACCAAAAGCAAGCUCUGGGGUGGAUGAUCAACAUGGAGAAGAGCUUGUCGGAACGUCAGGGCGAUGCUAGACACUUAAGCCUGCAUCCUUUGUGGGAGCAAUACAGAUUCCCGCCCGACGAGUCAGAGCCUCAGAGCGUCAUUGCGCUUCUUGACGACCCUUAUGCCCACUUCUAUUUCAAUCCCUACACGGGAGACCUCAGCUUGGAAUUUCAGCGGGCUAGUCGUGGUGCACGCGGCGGUAUUUUGGCAGAUGAGAUGGGGCUAGGCAAAACAAUCCAGCUCGCUGCUUUAAUACUGUCGAAUCCAUUGGAACCCGAAGAUCGAGACGGGCAAGAAGAAAGUCCCUUGGCCACUCCUGUGGCAGAUGGAAGCAUUGGGUCUAGAAGGUCUGGCUUCAAGCAAGUCUCUUUGGCAUCCUCAUUUGCUGCCGCUGGUGGACACGACGGAGCCGAUCGACGCAAAAUGCUCAACACGAAUGCUAAGCCAACUCUGGUGAUCGGGCCGAUGAGCUUGGUAGGGCAGUGGCGAGAUGAGCUAGGCAGAGCCUGCCCUACUCUCGAGACGACUAUGUGUAAGCGUCCAAUCGGAGGGGCACAUUCUCAACGAAGCUGAGCCCUGAAUCGCGCUUCUCCGCAGAUUAUGGCGACCAAAAAGGAGAUCUGGUAACGCGGCUUGAAACGUCGACUGUCGACGUCGUGAUAACCAGUCUUGGAACACUGAGCUCCGAACAUAAGCGAUUCAUUGAUUCAGCAGCAUCGUCCAGGUAUGCUGCGUCUUCCGCUCCGCUUUUCGCCGUAGAAUGGGGUAGAGUCAUUCUUGAUGAAGCACAUCAGAUUCGGAUGAGAUCUACUCGCGCUGCCAAGGCGUGUGAUGCACUCAAGGCUCGGAGAAGAUGGUGUUUGACAGGUGAGUGUCCGCUUGGCGGCGGUCGGGACUUGAUAUGGCUUGCUGAGACUCCCCUAGGUCCCGUGUUAUUCAUCGCUCAGGCACUCCGUGAGCACGAAGUAUCUCCGAGUCAUCGCUUUGCGUUCUGUACUGACCUUGAUGCGCCGCUUCUCAGGAUCGUCAAUCGAGUCAGCGAUCUUUUCUCGCUCCUUCGCUUCCUUCGUGUCGAGCCCUGGGGAGACUUUUCUUUCUUCAACACAUUCAUCGCGAAGCCAUUUGCAAACAAGAACCCCAAGGCGCUUCAAGUUGUUCAGGUUGUUUUGGAGUCUGUUCUUCUGCGGCGUGAAAAGUCAAGCAGAGACAAGGAUGGCAACGCGCUGGUAGUGCUGCCUGAGAAGAAGGUGAGCACUUGCAGUCACUGCCCAAUCACGCGACGACGCGCGAUGCUAACAUGCCCCGCCCUGCGAUUGUACUCGUCACGCCAGAUCGUCACUAAGCGCCUCAAAUUCAGCGCACUGGAGCGGGAGAUAUAUGAGUCUGUCUAUACCCGUGCAGCACUGCAGUAUAAGAGACUGAACGCCAUUGGAGCAGUCGGGCGGAACUACGCUCGUAUUUUCACUGUUUUGCUCCGGCUCCGCCAAGCUGUCUGCCAUCCGCUACUGGUCUUGAAAGCGACGGCCAAACCAAGAGCUGGCCCGAAUCCUGAUGUCCCUGAGGAAAUCGCUGAUUCGCAGGCGGACAUGGAAGAAGAGGUAGCGGAGGAGCGUGAAUUGCAGCGAUUGAUUCUGGAGUAUCAGAAAGGCAUAGACGAGGUAGAUGGCACCCGCGAUGACAAUGGGAGUACCGAUGGCCUCGACAUGCAAGCGAUAUCAAAGAUGAUGGUGAGUCGCCCUGGCAGUCAGCUCACCUGCGAUCGCCGUGUUUGACGAUGCGAAUUUAUGACUGCGCAGGCUGAGAAUGACGAGACCGAAGCCGAGUGCCCGUUCUGUUUCGAAGAACUUGCGGAAACGUGCUUCAUGCCGUGCAAGCACCGCGGUUGUCGCAAUUGCCUCAUGCAGCACAUAGAGAGGUGCGAAGCGCGUGACGAAAAGCCCAGGUGUCCAACGUGUGACCAGGGUCCCUUCAGUGCUUCGGAUCUCAUCACUGCCGUGCGGUUGCGCAAGAAGCAAGCGCAGUUGGCAGAGCACGACCCUGAUGCACAGCAAGAGGAGGACGAUGAAGCACCCUCUUCACAAGCCUCGGUCUAUUUCCAGCGCAACAACUUUCGCAGCAGCACGAAGCUGGAAGCAGUGAGUAGAUAGAUGCCUUCACAUCGAGUCCUACACCACCCAAUCCUUACGCGGUCGCCUUUGCGUAUGCUCGGCUAGCUCGUUCAAGAUCUCAACGAGUUGCGCCUUUCAGAGCCGGGCUUCAAAGGUGUUGUGUUCAGCUCCUUCACAUCGUUUCUAGAUCUGAUCGAGCAGAUUUUGAAGCGGCACAAGCAUGCAUUCGUCAGGCUCGACGGCUCCACAAGUCAAAAGGAGCGAGAAGCGGUACUCAAGGCUUUUGCGGCUGCGGAUGGGAGUCUGCUGAUGCUGUGCAGCUUGAAAGCUGCUGGUGUGGGCAUCAACAUGACUUCUGCCACCAGGGUUUGGUGAGUGACGAUGCUGGAGUACAAGAAGUUGCAUGUUCCGACUCGUGUGCGCUUACUGACACCAUGGCGUGCCUGUGUACGACAGGAUGAUGGACCAUUGGUGGAACAAAGCAGCAGAAGAGCAAGCGAUCGAUCGCAUACACCGGAUCGGUCAAAUGAGAGACGUGACUGUGCACCGCGUCAUUGUGGAAAAUACGAUCGAUGAGCGCAUCAUCGCUUUGCAGAACCGCAAACACGCCUUGGCUGGCGCGGCUCUUGCAGGCUCGGGUGAUAGCGAUAAAUCUGAGGCGCUGCAGGUGAGUCGUGCUGGGCAUAUUCAGCCGGCUCUUGUGCUCACCCUCGAAUCGCAUCCUCUAUAAUCACGACAGAACCUCGAGCUAUUAUUUGCGGACUAG